GAGAAUAUCUUUGAGUGGCAAUCCUCUAUAAGAGGUCCAGCUGAUACUGAAUUUGAAGGUGGGAUUUAUCAUGGGAGGAUUCAAUUGCCUGCAGAUUAUCCUUUCAAACCUCCUUCCUUCAUGUUAUUGACACAUAAUGGUCGUAAAUCAGCAUUUUGCUCUUAUGAUGCGAGUCAGAUGAGAAGCCUAAAUUAUCAAGAGAGCAGAGAGAGGAUCUCAGUUGCUCAUACCUUCUAUUCUAAAUCUCUGCAGCAAGCAGCAUGUUCAGACAACGUUGAUUUGGGAGCAGCUUGUGGAAAGUACUUCUGUGUCUCUUGUCUGAUCAUCGUUGAUCCUGGUGAUUCCAUCUACGGAAGUGGAUGA